UGGUUGGAAAAACAGCUUGAAAUUCAAGAUGGGGAACUACAGAACAAAAAUGCGUCAGCUGGGUCACCUUGAUGUCACAGUGAAUGGUGGUAAACAUGGGAAGCACUCUCCUUGUGGAGACCCACCAAACAAGAGGAUCAAGAAGCCAAAGAGAGGAGAAGUCAAUUACCUCCCAGAUUUUCCAGAGGGACAGGAUGACUCUAGCCUUGAGGAUGCUCGACAGCGCAUGGUGGAUGAAAUGAAGAAGAAAACUCCAAAUCGCGUCCUGAUCAAGCAGAAGAUGGAUCUGACAUUUGCUGUACUGAGGAAUGAGGUUGUGAAUGAUGAGCCUGCCAUUAUCCAGAUAUGUCAACGUUGGCCUGCUCUCUUUACUGAACACCAGGUGUGUCUGGAGUUUAGCAGAGUGGUUGGUAAGAGCCUGAGACAGGAGUUCUAUGAGGCCCUUGAUCAUCACAGUCCCAGGCUCAUGGAAAUCUUUAAGGCAAAGAGGGGUCUCACGGGGCAGGUGUUGGCUGACCUGAUGAGACAAACAAAGGCUUUGGAUGUGAUGGCGGUCAGAUGCCUUGUCCUCAGGGGGCUUCCUGUCAUUCUUGGCGAUGAUCCAUCUGCCUUCUUCAAGGCCUGCUUUGACACUGAUGAUGAGGAACGUCUGUACAGUGAUGUGCCAGUGGGGAUCCUCUGCCAUGAACAGGAAAACAUGUCUCCACACAUGCAGUCCCUUCACCAUAAUGCAUUCCCGGUGGGAAUCAUCUUGGAGGGAAAGAUUGUGAUGAAUGCUGUGAACCUGCCCCAGGCCAUGUACAUUGUUUUUGGACUUACCUAUGCACUGCAUCUCACCUACCCAAAGUACAUGAAAAACACUUUUGAUUUUGUUCAGCAGGUACUUAUGAACAUAGGUAAGACAGAUCUUAAACCUAAACUUCAAACACUCAAGAAUCAACUUGCAAUGUAAGAUUCAGAAUCUGGUCUUCCCAAAUGGUCAAAUGUGGGGUUUUUUUUUUUUUUAAA